UACACGGAACUCUCAGAGAAGAGGGAAGUUCAGUUUGUUUACAUCGCAGCACGAGAGCGCUAGCCUUCUUUUCUGAACACAUACAACAUGAAUGGAUAUAGCGUUAGCUGACUUCUGCCCUGUAAAUAUUUAACUCUGAUAACUGAACGUCUUCUUUACAUGUAAGUCCAAGCUAGAGCAACGUUUAAUAACAUUUGCACGAGAGUAAAGUAAUUCGCGGUAACUCGCUAAGGAUGCAAAGCAGUUCACUUGUGGAUCUUGCUUGGAUCUUAAGUACAUUCACCUGUGCAAGAUGUCUCAGCCUCAGCCACUGAUCCAGCUCCAACUAGUGGCAGAGCCCCUGCUGAACGUCCAGGAGAUGCAAUUCUGGCUGGACAAAGCAGUGACUUGGGGCCAGGCUGACAGCUCAGAUACUCAGAAAGACACCUGCCUGCACUUGAGCAGGCUGAGGGAUUUCCUCCAGCAACUCCUCACACAUAUCAACAACAUGAGUUCCACGACAGAGACCAUGACGAGGCUGCCCCUCCUAGGCCAGUUUCUUGGCCGACUUUGCUGGAACCCUUAUGUCACUGCUGAUGCUACAGGCAGAAGGCUGCUGUUCCAGUGUCUGUGGGGACUUUACUCGGAGCAUCCAGGCAAUGCGGUGGAAAGAAAAGCCAACCAGUGGAUACGGAAAGUGCUGUGUCAGCUUGCUACAGAAGAAGACGAUGCUGCAGCGCAGGCAUUGAUGAAGCAAAUGGGUGUACCACCUAAAGAGUAUCAUCUCAAAGUUCUGAGAAAGAUGGUGGAACUGCUGCAGAAAAACAUUGGGAAGAGCUGCCGUUCUUUGGGCGACAUAAAUCAGAGGUGUCCAUGUGACAACAUUCUGGCCACAUCAGUGGCUUGUGUCCCCCUGGUCACUUAUCCCGAGGCUGCUCCUCUCAUUGGGGCCCUGCUGCAGCAGCCAGUGACUUGUGUAAGGGCAGCACUUAGUGAAGACUUCCUGGAUGCUCUGAGCUCUGCCUACUCCAGUCAGUGCUUGUGUUUGGAAGAGCAGGCAGUAGUCUCUCUGUGGUGUCACAACCUGUCCAGUCUGGAAAAAGCAGUGCUCAGUCUGCUGGAGUGUGUUCUCACAAAAACAGGGUCAACACCACAGAAGCUAAAGCAGCAACUGGCACAGUCACUGCUGCCUAAAGCCAGUGCUCAACACUGGACCAUAUUCCUGAUUGUAAACGACAUCUUCAGGUCCAUCCUUAAGCAAGCUGAAGGGAACGAGUCCGUUAAGUGUGUUAUCCAAACCUUUACCAACUGUUUCCUCCAGGAACGGGCACUGCUGCAGCAUCAGACAAGUGUAUCCUUGAAGGCCUUUUUCCCACAAUCACCUCAGAGUCUGCUGGUUCCUCUCUUGACCCGGCCGUCAGAGAUGCCUCAGGACGUUUGGAGACAUCACCUGAACUGGCUCAGUGGCUCAUUACAGAGACUGACAGAGGAAGAAGAGGAUGGAGACGGAGACGGAGACAGCAGCAGUAGCACCAGAGGGCACCACAAACUGUUUGAGUCCUGGUUCCUCCUGGUUCAGUGUGCCCACUGGGUGCAGGUGGCCGUCCAGCUGUUGGUGACAUCCGGGCCUGAGGACCGUGGGCCCCUCCUGUGGCUGCUGACUUUCUACCACCACCCCACCAACAGGGGCCACCACCGAGCACUACAGCUGGUACGCGCCAAAGAUGCAUGGCACCACCUGCACUCCCUGUUCUUGGUGUCCGCUCGUCCUCUUCCUGUGUCCCUCCCGCAGUCAUUGGUCCCUCUUCUGUCUCCACAACCUCAGCAGCCGUCGCUGUCUCCAUAUGUGACCCUCAAGCUCUUAGUCAACUUUGCUGUGUUCUCCCAUCAGUCGUUGAGCGGAUCGACAGAGAUUUUACAGGCGGUGGUGGAGCGGUCUGGUCUGGUUGAUGAAGCAGCGUGUGUCCUCCGCUCUCUGGAGCUCAGACUAACCGAAGGAAGCUGCUUAUCAAGCGACGCUAACAGAGUUCAUCUCAGGAUCAAAGCCCUCCAAGACACACUCACACAUAUGCAUGCAGCAUCAAGGUACCCUACCGAGAACCAAACACACACACACACACACACACACACACACACACACACACACACCAGAACCACACAGCAGUAAGCUCAUCCUUGGCUCAGGGUUUUUUUUCAGGACACCUUUGCAGAAUGAGAAAUAGCCAAGCGCAGUGACAGGAUUGUGUCAAAACAGCACAGUGAGGACACAUUAUGUAUAGAAGCGACAAUAUACACACCACACACACACACACACACACCCACACACACACCACACACACACACACACCACACCACACACACACACACACACACACACACACACACACACACAAUACAAGGCCCACAAGGACACUUGAGCAGUGACAGAUCACACUGCAAAGAAGCAGCAGCUCAUACGUGUCAGAGUCUUCCCACUCAUAUAAUUGCCUCACAAUAAAAAUCCUUCACGUUCCACAUACUGACUGAAAGACACUUAGGUUUGGAAGACAGGGAAACUUAACACAUGUUAUCUUUGUUUAAAUACAAUUUGUUAGAAAAAAGGUUGAUAUGUUUAUAUGAAAAACGUUCUGACAGCACUGAGUGUACAAUAAAAUGUAAAUAAUUAAAUGUAAUGUCACUUCUUUUGCGAUGUACAUUUUCUAUUGCUUCAUUAUUCUUAAAGAUGGAGAAUGAUUCCCUGUCCUUUUGUGUUUGACCCAUAAAGUCUACAUAUUUAAAAUGGCCACUGGAGCCAGCCCUGCUUAUGCAUCUACAUAAUAGACUCUAUGACUACUGACUGACUACUGCUGGAGUUGGACAGAAAUUUAAACAAAUACAUGUUGUAUAUCUACAUUUCUUGGCUACCCAAGCAAAAUGGUUACAUUUUUGGAAUUAUGCAUGUACAAGAUGUACUUGCAAUUUGUGAGAAUAAUUGUUUUACACUUUUGAAAAUAAAAAGUGGGCUACAGAUUGUCGGACCCAUUGCUGGA